AUGCGUCUAUUACGCACUCUCACCCUAGCGCCUCUCUUCCCUGUCGUACUUGCCGAACCGAUCCCUCCAAUACCAGCCCAAACGUCACCUCCAGGUCUCUCAGACCAACAAUAUCUCUUCCCCUCCGCUCAGGCCCUCCAGUCACCACGACCAAACGGCGUCUCAACCCCCUUCUUCGCCUCCCUCGAACGCGCUGCCCGUCUAGUCGACAUAGCCUACUGCGUCGGCACCACAGGCAUCUCGCCGCCCUUCUCCUGCGUCUCCCGCUGCAAGGACUUCCCCUCGCUGCGCCUGAUCCGCACCUGGAACACGGGCGUUCUGCUGAGCGACAGCUGCGGGUACAUCGCCGUCGACCACGGCAGCGGACAUGGACAUGAUGGCGGGACCAGCCGCAGCCGCGCAGAAGGCACCGGCGGCGAGAACGGCAAUAAGCCGGAGAUCGUAGUUGCUUUCCGGGGCACCUACAGCCUGACCAACACCAUCGUCGACCUGUCGACCGUGCCGCAGGAGUAUGUCCCUUACCCAGUCCCGCCACCCGACAACGACGACAAAGACGGGGACGGCCGAUGUGACAACUGCACCGUGCACACGGGCUUCAUGGCCUCGUGGCGCAACGCCCGCGAGACCGUCCUCCCGGCCCUGCACGCCGCGCGGCAGACAUACCCCGGGUACAGAGUGCACCUGAUCGGACACAGCCUGGGCGGCGCCGUGGCGGCGCUCGCGGCGCUGGAGCUGAGGCUGGGGCUCGGCUGGCGGGAUGUGCUCGUCACCACGUUUGGGGAGCCGCGCGUCGGCAACGCGAAGCUGGCUGAGUAUCUGGAUCGCGCGUUUGGGCUUUUACGGAAUGGCAGAGAGGAGCAGGGGAUGAGGUAUCGGCGGGUGACGCAUGUGGACGAUCCGGUGCCGCUGCUGCCGCUGCGCGAAUGGGGAUAUCGAGCGCACGCCGGGGAGGUGUAUAUUGGCAAGGCGGAGCUGCCGCCUGCGCCGGAGGAUUUGAGGUUGUGUAAGGGGGACGAAGACCCGGAGUGUAUAGCCAGGGCUGAGACGGAGGACUGGUUUGGCUGGCUUACGGCAUGGAUGAAGCGGGCUAGGUCGCAGCAGGAGGAGCGUGCUGAGAUGCUGGAAUUACAGCAGCGGUGGCUCCCUGCCCGUCUCAAGCUGUGGCAGCUCUUCUUCGCACACCGGGACUACUUCUGGAGGCUGGGAUUGUGCGUCCCGGGCGGCGAUCCAGCGGACUGGGGGAGGGAGAAGGAUAACAUGACGUUAGAUCAUGAGGUAAACGGCGCUCCUGAGGUAGUGGAUCUGUGA